GGCAGAGCGAGAGUUCGGGUCGCGCGUGUGUGGUGCUCGGCGGCGGGUCGGCAGUGUGGCGUUGGACAGUGUGGGGAGAGGGUCUUUGCGGCGGUGUGCCACGGUUCCACGCCCCCGUCACGUUAUGGGGGCAGCACCACUCUGUACGCGGGGGGGUGUCGCGCCCGGGGGUCCCACGGCUACGCCUGCUCAAGGAGGGUCUCCGUCAGUGAUUCAGUGGUCUCGCUGUCACACUAGCCACCUCGAGUGCAGAACCAGAGUGAACUCUUGUGUAGGGGUGACAUGUGGUGCUGGGUCCAGGUGUGGAAGGGGCUGGGCGUGGGUAUGGUUGCUAGUGGCUGCAGGAUGGGCGGCUCUGUUAGCGCCCACCUGCCAGGCCAACCCGGACGCCAAGCGCCUCUAUGACGAUCUACUUAGCUCCUAUAACCGCCUCAUCCGCCCUGUCGGCAACAACUCGGACAGACUCACCGUCAAGCUCGGCCUUAAGCUCUCUCAGCUCAUCGAUGUGGUAAGUCCGGCUCUAUCAGCGUUAGGUCACUUCCGAAGUAAGGAAUAACGAGCAGGAAAAGCCUCUCUGCAUCCCCCCCUCCCCCGCUCCAGCGCCUCCUUCAGCCUUGUAG